AUGGGCUUCCGGGGUUGGUGUCUGGUAGAAUGGGAGGGAAUGCAGGAGGAGGAGGAGGGGGUGGAAGGGGAGGAGGAGGAAAAGGAGCAGGGGGAGGGGGAAAGGGAGAAGGAGGAGGGGUUAAAGGACCCUUCCGUCCUGCCCAUGCAACUUGUUGCCUCCUGCCGCCGCAUUUACGUUCUCAGCUGCCGGCGUCUCAAUCGCCGCGACCUAUCCGCCGUCGCCACUACUCUCGCACCGCUUUUCUUCCUUGCGGGGCAUUUCGCCGCCGCCGCCGCUGCUUCACUCGCCGCGGGGCAUUUCGCCGCCGCCGCCACUGUUCCCACUCGCCGCGGGGCAUUUCGCCGCCGCCGCCACUGCUCCCACUCGCCGCGGGGCAUUUCGCCGCCGCCGCCACUGCUCCCACUCGCCGCGGGGCAUUUCGCCUCCGCCGCCACUACUCCACUCGCCGCGGGGCAUUUCGCCGCCGCCGCCACUGCUCCCACUCGCCGCGGGGCAUUUCGCCGCCGCCGCCACUGCUCCCACUCGCCGCGGGGCAUUUCGCCGCCGCCGCCUCUGCUCCCACUCGCCGCGGGGCAUUUCGCCGCCGCCGCCACUGCUCCCACUCGCCGCGGGGCAUUUCGCCUCCGCCACCACUGCUCCCACUCGCCGCGGGGCAUUUCGCCUCCGCCGCCACUACUCCACUCGCCGCGGGGCAUUUCGCCGCCGCCGCCACUGCUCCCACUCGCCGCGGGGCAUUUCGCCGCCGCCGCCACUGCUCCCACUCGCCGCGGGGCAUUUCGCCUCCGCCGCCUCUACUCACUCGCUGCGGGCAAUUUGCCGCCGCCACUGCCUCUCCUCGCUGCAAGACACUUCGCCGCGGCUGCUCCUACUCUCCCUCGCCGCCAGGCACUUAGCUACUGCCUCAUCUCUUCCUCCCCGCCGCUCCCUCGACCCUUCCCCCCCCUCCCAUUGCUUCCGCCCACCGUUUCCUCUCCCGCUGCCUCUCUCAUACUAUCUCUGCUCUCCGCCUCUCCUGCCACGCUACUGCUCCCAAUCCUCUCCCACAAUUUCAACACUCUCUCCAUUGAUCGGCUCGAGCUCGCUCCCGAUCAGAGCGCUAUCAACUGGUACUCCUACACAGGGAGCAUGCGCCGCCUCCUCGGCGUCAUCCACAUCCCCAACACCUCCUCCACCCUCCUCGACCUUGUCCUCCGCCAUGCUGCCGCUCUCCCGCCAACGCCCCCUAUGUCCCCUGGAUCGGCCCCCACUCUCCCGCCUGACCCUGGACCUGAACCUGACGAACCAGAUCUGCCCGCUGCCUCCACGGGUCCUGUUCGCCAAGCCGCUGAUGAAGCAGCCUACGAUCUCGAGCGGCGUCGGUUCCUCACGCUCCGAGCGGACCAUCGUGCGGCUCGCGAGCAAUACGACAUGCGCCAAGCUGCCAUAAUAAAUCACCGCACCAUGGCUGACCGCUACACUCUCGCGCUCGCUGAAUAUACCGCUAAAGCUGCUGCUUGGAAGGAAUCUGACCUUUCUGCCUCUAAUAUUAUCCUUGGUGGUCUCCCCCCCGCUCUAAUGCGAGACUUUCAGGAACAAGAGCUUCACGCACCUGCCCUUUGGGCCUCCCUUCACGCCAUGUUUGAGCGCCAUGACGUCAACUCCGUGGGGCUGCUCCUUGACGAAUACUGGGAGACAACGCUCGCAACCUGCACUGGUGCCGUCGCCUACACCGGCCGCAUGACCUCUCUCGCCAAGCGACUUAAGGCUCGCCAGUCCGAACUCCCCCAGUUCAUCCAGAUAGAUCGCCUUCUCCGCGGUCUCAACCCGUCCUACGACAUGCACGUCAUUGCCUUCCGCGAAAAUCAGCCACACGCGGUGGUGGGCGUGGUGGUGGUCGCGGUGGCGGACGUGGAGGUGGGCGUGGUGGCGGCCGUGGUGGUGGACGUGGUGGCACCUUUGGUGGACGCACUCCUUCUUGCACGGGCGGCCCUGGAGGAAGUGGACGUGGUGUGA